UGCGCGUUCCCGAUAGUCCGCGCCGCCGCAUUCGCGUCGUGCAGUCUAUGCCUGUGUGAAUUGGGGAGAUGGAUCGCGGGCGCAAGCCCCAUUAAAUCGUCAAUUUUGACUUUAACUAAAAGUCUUAAAGAAAUAAUUUAAUAGUGCAAUACCUUAACAAACUCGUUUCCACCUCAACCCCGGCUCUGCAGCCACCGCCGCCGGUGGUGGGGUUCAUAAUAUUACAGCCCUCGCGUCCACACCCCACUCACACACGGCAUUGAUGGUAAUGUAUGCAAGGAAACAACCGAGACUCAGUGAUGGCUGUCACGACAGAAGGGACUCACAACCCUACCAGACUCUUAAAUAUUCAUCAAAGAGUCACCCCAGCAGCAGUGAUCACCGUCAUGACAAAAUGCGAGAUUCUACAGAUCCUUCACCACCAAAUAAAAUGCGAAGAUCAGACAGCCCUGAAAACAAGUAUGGUGACAGUGCGGGCCAUGGCAAAGCCAAAGGUGUUCAUAUUCACAGAGUCAGAGAAAGGGAUGGAGGGACCAGUUUUUCUCCACAAGAAAAUUCACAUAACCACAGUGCUAUUCAUAGCACAAAUUCACACACUUCUACUCCAAGCAAAACUUCUGAUUCUGCUUAUGAUCCUGCCGAUGACUGGUCGGAACACAUCAGCUCUUCUGGAAAAAAAUAUUACUACAACUGCAGAACUGAAGUCUCUCAGUGGGAAAAACCUAAAGAAUGGCUUGAGAGAGAGCAGAGGCAAAAAGAUUCAAGUAAAGUGGCAGUUAACAGUUUUCCCAAAGACAGAGACUACAGGAGAGAGGCAAUGCAAGCUACAGCUACCGUGGACGAGAAACAUUCCAGUGAUGCCAGUAGUAUGCUUCCGCAGAACAUCUUGUCACAGACAAGCCGGCACAAUGAUAGAGACUACAGACUGCCAAGAACAGAGACUCACAGUAGUACUGCCCCUGUGCAGCACUCUAUUAAGCCAGUGGUUCACCCAGCUGCUGCCCCAAGCACUGUUCCUUCUAGUCCUUUUACCGUACAGCCUGACCACCCUCCUCCAAAGAAGUCCUUUGAUGCUAAUGGAGCAGCUGCUUUGUCCAAACUGCCUGUACCCACAUCUUCCAUCCCAGUACCGAAGUCUGACCGAAAGGGUUGUAUGCUAUCUCGCUGGGAAGUUUGA